AUGGCUGCCUACCUCUUACUGUCUUUACCCUUGUUUCAGCUUUCGCAUGCUCUCUCUGUUCAACAAAAUUCGCUCGUUACAAUUAUCCCAACCAAUAGCCUUCUAGGAAGAGCACCUCCAGUACUUCCUUCGGGAUGGACUUAUAAGUCUUGUGUUCGCGAGCCGUCUUCGGGUCGCACACUGACCGGCUACUCUUUCACUUCUUCCUCUAUGACAGUCGAUUUGUGUGUUUCGGCUUGUGCCACCCGAGGUUAUUCCUUGGCUGGCGCCGAAUACGCAAACGAGUGUUAUUGCGGAAAUUCAUUUGCUGGAGCAGCAACCGGCGGAGGCUCCGUCCCUCCCGAAUCUGAGUGCAACAUGGCUUGCGCUGGUGAUGCUUCCCAAACAUGUGGAGCUGGUAAUCGACUUUCGGUUUAUGCAAAUAGCCAAAUAACUCCCGGUGCACCUGCAUUACCCCCAGGGUGGAGCUCAACUUCAAAGUGCAUCACGGAAGCUAGUACUGGUCGCGCAUUGACUGGGAACUCGUUUACCUCCAAAGGUUUGACCCUGGACCAGUGCGUCGAUGUAUGCGAUCAAACAGGGUUUCAGUAUGCUGGAGCCGAGUACGGCGCUGAGUGUUAUUGUUCGAACUCUGUUUCCACUGCAAAUGGUGGAGGCGUAGAAGUUGCAGCAUCAGAGUGCAACAUGAAUUGCGCAGGCAACCCACAACAAAAAUGUGGCGCUGGAUACCGGAUCACACUCUUUAGUAAAACUCCUAGCACUGACCCUAUACCAACGGGAUGGACGAAAAACUUUUGCACUGUGGAUCAGAGUGCCCGCGUCCUCGAUGGGUAUAGCUUCACCGAUGGCUCUUCAAUGUCACCUGCAACUUGCAUCGCGGCUUGUGCUCAGCGCAACUUCGUUCUGGCCGGUGUCGAAAACGGGAACGAGUGCCACUGUGGGAACACCAUCAAGCAGGCCUACCCUACCAAGGACAGCGAUUGCAGAGUCUCUUGCUCAGGAGACGACGCCCAGUUUUGCGGUGGCGGGUGGCGUCUAAUGGUUUAUAUCAAGGCCCCUGGUACUCCGACCGGUUCCAACGCAUGGACCUUGGUGCCAGGGGGGAACUCCGGCGUUGUUAUGACUCAUGUCGCGGUGACUACAAGCGAUACAAUGCUAGUAAUCGACCGUAAGGAAGACAAUCCUCUACUCAAGGCUGAUGGUAAACCGGCCUGGGGAGCUGUUUGGAACUUACAAUCAAACACUGCUCGGCCCUUGAACAUUGCAACUCAUUCAUUCUGUUCAUCCGGUAACUUCUUGUCGAACGGGACUCUUGCUAACUUUGGGGGUCAUCCUUAUACUGACCGAAACGGGGAAGCGGUUUCGGAUGGUCAACAGGGAAUCCGGCUUUUUAACCCUUGUUCUGCCUCCGGAAACUGCGAUAUAUAUGAGAACCCCACGCGCAUUCGAUUAACUUCUGAUCGAUGGUAUCCGUCUUCUGCUCGUUUGCACGACGGGUCAGUGAUUAUACUCGGAGGACAGAUCACCGCAGGAUGGACAAAUAGCGAGUCUGUCAAUAACCCAACUUAUGAGUUCUUCCCGGCCAAAAACAUUAAUGGAUAUAACGGUCUUCAAAUACCGUCCCAAUUUUUCAAGGACACGCUUCCUCACAAUACAUUCCCUCACGUCUUCGCACUCCCAAGCAAAAAAAUAUUUGUUGCGGCGAACAACCAAGCUAUGCUUCUCGAUUGGGAAAACAAUAUCGAGACUAGGCUACCUAACUUCCCGAAUGGUCAGCGUGUUGUAUAUCCGAUGAACGCUGCCGGUGUGCUUCUGCCUUUGACGCCGGCAAAUAAUUACACUCCUGAGAUCCUGAUUUGCGGCGGGUCGCAUUUAUCUGAUGAGCUCAAUGGUGAAGAAAUCGACGCUCAGCAUGAUUAUGCUAGUGCACAAUGCUCCCGGAUGGUUCUUGAUGCUGCCGGCAUUGCUGCUGGGUGGAAGGUCGAAUACAUGCCAGAGCCAAGAAUUAUGUCGGAGGGGGUGCUACUCCCUAAUGGUAAAGUUGUUAUUAUCAACGGAGGUAGGACGGGUACUGCCGGGUAUGCCAAUUCGCAGUAUCGGAUUGGUGACUCCAAUGCCGAUAACCCGACUUUUACUCCGCUGUUGUAUGACCCUUCGUUGCCAGCGGGGCAGAGGUUCACCCAUGCCAAUAUGCCGACUAGUAUUAUCGGAAGGCUAUACCAUAGUGUUGCCACCCUCCUUCCCUCUGGCGCAAUACUAAUUGGAGGAUCCAAUCCAAAUGACGACAUGGAGACCCGGCCAUGGCCUUCGGAAUACCGAGUCGAAUAUCUCAACCCGUCCUACAUGUUUGUCGAGAGACCAACAUACACCGGCCUUCCAGCAGUGGUCAAUUAUGGCGCUACCUUCACGUUAUCGGUCUCUGUUCCAUCGUCGACUGCCACAGUCAAAGUUGUACUCAUGGACUUAGGUUUCAUAACACAUUCGGUUCAUAUGGAUCAAAAGGCAGUUGAAUUGGUGUCUACUCUUUCAGCGGAUAGGAAGACUUUGACCGUCAUUGGACCACCCAAUGCACCAGUUUAUUCCCCUGGUCCAGGAUGGAUAUUUGUAGUUGUUGGGGAUACUCCUUCAGUAGCCCAAAAGCUCAUUAUUGGGACCGGUGCAUCGCCACCCAAGGACGAUGCUGCGACUGCGAAAGACCAGUUGAUCGCGAUGGGUUUCGCCCCCGAACGAAUUGACUGGGCUCUCAAGGCAACUAACAACGCCGGCCUACAACCCGCUAUGGAUCACAUUCUUGAGAAUGAUGGAAAGCCCGUACCCGAUUUGACAAACGUCGCGAGCACUAAUGCACCAGCUCCUACGGCCAAUGAGGAUCACGAGGAGCUAGAAGCAUUGCGCGCUCAAUAUGGUGGUACCGGUGCUGCCGAAGCCGGAAAAGCCGAAAAUUCAGUCUCUGGUGGCGUUGCCCAGUCCAUUAAAUGCUCACAAUGCGGAAAGAUCUUCCGCGACACUGCACUCGCUAACUUCCAUGCUGAGAAAUCCGGCCACGACCAAUUCGAGGAAUCAACUGAAGAAAUCAAACCUCUUACCGAGGAGGAAAAGAAGCAAAAAUUGGCCGAACUUCGUACACGCAUGGAAGAAAAGCGCGCUGCCAAAGCUGCCGAAGAGGCCAAAGAGGCCCGAGCAAACGAAGUGAUACGACGGAAGGGUGGUCAGGACAUGGGUGCUAUCAAGGAGGAGCUCCAACUUAAGGAAGCCGAAAAAGAGGCCCGGCAAAGGAAGCAAGAUAAACUCGAUGAUGCCAAGGCGAAGGCAGCUGUCCGUGCCCAAAUUGAAGCUGAUAAAAAAGCGCGCGCUGAGAAAGCAGCGAAAGAAAAGGCGUUGCGUGAGGGACGUGAAUACCAACAGCCUCCUGUCAGCGGUGUUGGUGGUGCAACUAGCGCAAGCGCAGCUGCCCCUGGCGCUAAGAGUUCCGAGUCCCCAAGCACCCGGCUUCAGAUUAGGUUGUCGUCCGGCGGUGCGCCUCUCACCACUACCAUGGCUAGCGACAGCACUCUGCAUGAGGUAGCGCUCUUUGUAGAAUCGCAAAAUCCCGCAAUCUCCUCCCAAACUGUCACAUUCUCCACCACAUUUCCUCGGAAAGUCUUCAGUCGAUCAGACUUUACGCGAACCCUCAAGGAGCUCGAUCUCGUUCCUUCGGCGGAAAAGCAAAUCUGCAUUUAUUACAACAAAGGAUAUUGUAGACGUGGUACAUCGUGCUGGUACCUUCAUUCUGAGUCUGCCUCCGAUUCAAAAGAAGCGAGUAACAAACCCAAGGAAACGGAAGAUCUCGUCUGCUCUAUUUGUUUCGAUGUUCCGACAGAAUUCGGCCUACUUGCUGGUUGCUCCCACGUGUUCUGCUUGAAGUGUAUAAUGGACUGGAGGAGCUCCAAAAACAAAGAUAACGAUGUUGUCAUCUCGAACACCAACAAGACAUGUCCAGUCUGUCGUUCUCCCUCGAAGUUCAUCACGCCAUCUAGUCGGUUCACACCUAAGGACUCUCCAGAGAGGGCAUUAUGUGUCGAAGGGUACAAGGCAACCCUAGCGAAGAUCCCCUGCAGAUAUUUUACCAAGAGCCCGCGCAGUGAGCGAUUUUGCCCCUAUGGGAAGGAUUGUUUCUACCAACACCAGAACGAAGAUGGGACGCCUCAUGUAUUCACUCUUGGAGCUGAUGAGAUGAUGGAGAGACACAAGUCUAGGCUGAUAGCCUCUAGAGCACUCAACUCGACUGCACUGUUUGACUUGAUGUCUACCCAUCGUUGGUUUGAAAAUCCCUAUUUCGAUCGUUAUGAUAGCGACGAGGAUUAUGCCUUUCAUGGAUCCGAUAUUUCCGAAUCGGUGGACUGGAUGCCAGAGCUAUUUUUUUAA